UCUGCAAUUUGAAAAGCCGAACCGUGAAGGACGACAAACUGUGAUCCUAAGGUCUAUCUUCUGAAGUGACGUUUCUACUAAUAGAAGAGAAACGAACUGAUUAUUAAACAAUGAAUAUAUCGUACAGCAACGACAGUAGUGGUGGAUAUUCUGAUGUUUGCGUGGAGUACUAUAGAGAACCCGUGUGGUUGCAAGUUCUUUUUGGGAUAAUAUUUGGGCUAAUAACAGUGUUUGGAAUCGGUGGUAAUGCCAUUGUUUGUUACAUCGUGCUGGGUCAUCGAAGAAUGCGUACAGUCACUAACUACUUUGUUGUGAAUUUGGCCGUUAGUGAUCAACUUAUGGCAGUUAUGUGCGUUAACUUUACCUUUUACUCGACUCUGUACAUGACGUGGCCCUUUGGCCCAGUAAUGUGCAAAGCAGUAUCGUUUUUUCAGAGUGUCUCUGUAUCUGUUAGUAUAUUUACGCUUGUUGCCAUCAGUAUGGAGCGAUAUAUGGCUAUAAUCCAUCCACUCCGACCAAGACUCGGAUCCACCGGAACCCUUCUAGUUAUCGGCUUCAUAUGGAUUAGUUCCGGCGCGUUAGGUCUACCAACUGCUAUAUACACCAGUGUCUAUGUAGAGAAUGGUAUCACCUAUUGCUCUGAGGAAUGGGACCAAAGAGGUAACUACAGCUUCGCUACCAUGGUCCUGCAGUAUUUCCUUCCAUUGGCAGUACUUGCCAUGGCCUAUAGUCGCAUAGGAAUUCGAAUUUGGGCUCGCAAAACACCGGGAGAAAUGGAAGCUAACAGGGACAGAAGAAUGACUGAAUCCAAGAUACGAUUGGUGAAGAUGUUUGCUGUGGUGGUGUUCCUGUUCGCUAUAUGCUAUCUACCAAUUCAUACAUUCAACAUUGUUCAGGAUGUCUACCAAUACGUACUCUGCUAUCAGUACAUCCGUAUUAUCUACGUCACAGUGGUCGCUGUAGCAAUGAGUAACUGCAUGUAUAAUCCCUUCAUAUAUUGCUGGAUGAAUAGUAAGUUUCGUGAUGGUUUCAAGAAUGUAGUACGUUGCCUGCCGGGUGUGAGACGGUAUAGGGAUAGGCAGCAGGCAAAUCAGUCAGGUUCAUUCCGUGGCUUGAAAAGAACCAGUACUCUAAAUACACACAUGCAAUCCUGACUAUAGGCUGAAAUUAUUGGUGCAAUCAAUGCAUCAAUAAUUUCAAAAAUAACAAUUUCAAAGUAAUUUGUGGCGGUAAGUAUGGGCAAUGGCUUGUAUUCGGGUAAACUGUAAAUAAAACUGGUCGAUAAUUAACCGCCGAUGUGUUGGAAUAAGGUUCCCAUUUAUUCCAAUUAUUGUGGAGGUAUGUAAAUAGCCUAGGAGUGUCUUAUUGUGCCAUAUCCUAUAGUUCUCUAAACUGAAUUAUGAGAUCAAUGAUAAUUGCGUUUGUGUCAAACUAAUUAUUUCAUUGUACAUAGAAAUGUAAAUAACUGCGUUGGUACUGGUUUGCCGUACAUUGCAAAUGAUUCAGGCUUGUUUUUGAUUAUUAGAUUAUAACUGUCUACAAAUUGCUGUCACUGUAUGUACUUCGGUGAUAAUUAAUGUCAUAAAGGAAUUUGUAAUUUUGCUCUUAACAGUGAAGUGUGUCAGAUAAACCAGGUUAAAUAUAAUAUAAAACAGUAUAACAGUAUAACUACGGCAAUCAGAAACCUCAAGAAAUAAUGUUUCCGUCGGUUGCAGAAUCCAGCGCACACCCCAGCAUUUUUCCCCGGGCGGAAAAACCAUGAAUAUUUAUACCUCCCCCCAAAAUGUACAAAAUAACAAUGAUAUAAAUGCCGCUGGGAGUUUGGGUGGUGGGGGAGUGUUUUGUCAAGGGACUUUUACAAAAGUGAUCCGGGUGUUUUGACAGAUCGGAUACGCUCUUGGUUCAAUAUUCAAAACUAUCAGACACUUUGCUAAAAAUACUAUUUCCAAAGUAUUGGAAAAUAAAGAGAAGUCCUUGACUGGCCAGACCUGCAAACCACAAUGGGUUUAAGUCAAACGGAAGCGGGUUUUUUUUUGUACAAGGGUUGCAUUUCAUGAAAACAAUCUAUUAAGACAUAGUUAAAUACAUUAAUUACUGUGGCAGUAAAUACUAAACUACAUUGAUGCAGCAGAAAUUUGUUAUUGACAAAAAUAUACAGGAUGGUUUCAGGUAAAAUAAUUUCCGCGUUGUUACAAUCCAAAUCGAAGUCAUGCUAAUUUCGAACCAGUCUGGCCGUCGAAUAUUUAAAAUCUUGAUGAUUUGAAAGGCAUAUUUUAUUCGGGUGAAUGUUCACGAAGUUUUGAAAUAAUUUAUGGCGAAUAUACUAGUGACACCAGUUAUGCGAUAUCUGAUAUUUGUCAGUAAACUAAAAUAGCUCAGUAAGAUCAGCUUUACAAAAUUCGUCAUGCUUUCAGAUUUGUAAAUAAUUAGUGAGAUCAACUUUACAAGGCUUGAGGUGCUUCAGUUAAAAGGUUUUAUCUCUAAAAGUGACCUCAGCCGAUGUUUGAUAUUUAGCAUGCUUUUGGUUCCUGACUCUUUUUACAAGCACAAAAUUUGUGUUUUUUUUAUCCACUACUGUAUUUAAAAUACAGUAGUGGAUAAAACUCACUCCACUGAUUGAAUGAAUUACUAUUUAGAAUGACAGUGUCGUGCAUAACCAACAGUCCACUUCCAGGCCGUUUUGGUAAUUGCAUCUUACCAAGAAGGAGACGAUUAAUUAAUUCACUCACCCAGCCGCAGUCCAUUCAGAUGAAGGCCAAUUCUCACAUGUGCCAAACAAGAUUCGCGAAUACUUCGUAGACCUAUACCGUAAAAUGUUGGUAUAUCACUAGUUGGAGAACAGCGUUGUAUACGUUAAAUUAGCCCCACCUCUUUCAGUAUAACAUUGUUAACACGAAAGAUGUCCUCUAUAAGGCGCAUUAGUCCGACACGAGGUUUCCAUGUGUUGCAAGAAGUCGAUACUACAUCGACUAGACAACUGCAUCACGUUCUUCCCGAUCAACUAUUAAUGUUUAAAGGACAUAAUUCAAAUCUGUCUUUCCUGUACCAAAACCGGUGUUUUAUCAUUACACUAUUGGCCAAUUCACUGCGUUUGCUUCGCCUACCUGACAGUUCUGUUGUUCUAAUUAUCUUUCGAUUAUACAAUCUGAAUUGUGUAAUAGGUUUAGUACUGAUGAGGGUUUGUUUUGCCAAAUGUGUCCACGAGUUGUAAAUAUUACUUUAGUCUAGAUAUCCAAAAGUUACCCCGAGUAUUGCAAGCACGCUGUUGCUGUACCUGUUUAUCAUACCGUGUGAUACUAUACACAUAAUGAAUGUUUAUGAGUGCAAUGGUGCGAAUAUGUUCAUGAGUUGAAAGAUGGUAUACACA